UUGUUGGCUCUAGCGUGCAGCUUCACUCCAGUGAAGUCGGGUGGAAGUAGCUGAUAUGGGGCUUCUCGCUGUGAGUGUCGGGCCCUUUCUGAACCGAGUGCGGGCGGUUCGGACGUGGAGCCGAGACUUAUCCACUAUUUCAGCUACUUUUCGCGGUGCACUCGCGUCGAAGACGUCACUGAUCCAAAGGAGGUGUGGAGGAUUACAUCAACACAGUUUCCCACUCGCUCGGUUACUUAGCUCAAACAAACCACCGAGAGGUUUUGAAAAGUUUUUCCCAAAGAGUGAAGAAAGCACUGGCGUCAACAAAUCAGCUGGAGAUGAAAAUACCAAAAAAGAAGAAUCUCUUGAAAGGGAAGAGCGGGACACAAAUGACGAUGGUGACGAAAGACGAAGAGGAGGAAAAAAGGAAGAAUCACACUGGUGGAUGCGCUUUCAGGAUGAUUUCCCCUUGGAUGAAAAAGCAAUUCGCUACGUUGCAAUCUUUGUAACAGGCAUGGCCUCAGCUUUUUUGUACUUUUACUUCCGAGAGACUGGGAUGCAGAUCUCCUGGAACGACUUUGUGCAACACUACUUGAACAGAGACUUGGUGGAUCACCUGGAGGUUGUCAGUAAACAAUAUGUCAAAGUGAUUCCUUACCAUGGAGUCAACACAUCAGAAGUGAGCUAUUUGUGGUUCAACAUUGGCAGUGUGGAGUCAUUUGAGCAUAACCUGGAGAUGGCUCAGCAAGAAAUGGGUUUGGACUCACAGAGAGUACCUGUAUUCUACAGCAGUGAAAGCGAUGGUAUUACCCUGACCUUACUGCUGGUCGGCCUUUUACUUCUUUCCAUGCGGAAGGGACCAAUGGCAGGAGGUUUUGGGGGUAGAGGGCGAGUAAACCCCUUCAGUAUGAGUAAAUCCAAAGCCAAGAUAAUUAAAGGCAACAUUAACGUUCGGUUCAAGGAUGUCGCAGGCUGUGAGGAGGCCAAACUGGAGAUUUUGGAGUUAGUCAACUUCUUGAAGAACCCGCGGCAGUACCAGGACCUAGGAGCCAAGAUCCCAAAGGGUGCUUUGCUAUCGGGCCCACCUGGUACUGGCAAGACCCUGCUAGCUAAGGCCACUGCAGGAGAGGCCAAUGUCCCCUUCAUCACCGUCAACGGCUCGGAGUUCCAGGAAAUGUUCGUUGGCGUGGGCCCAGCGAGGAUAAGAGACACUUUCGCCACAGCUCGAAAAAAUACUCCCUGCAUCCUUUUCAUUGACGAGAUCGACGCAAUCGGCAAGAAGAGAGGCAGGGGGAACUUUGGCAAUCAGAGUGAGCAGGAAAACACCCUCAACCAGUUGCUUGUGGAAAUGGACGGGUUCAACAGUUGCACUAACGUGAUCGUCUUAGCUGGCACCAAUCGAGCUGAUGUCCUAGAUCCAGCUUUGAUGAGGCCGGGACGCUUUGAUCGACACAUAUACAUAGGCCCACCAGAUAUUAAAGGGAGAGCAUCCAUCUUUAAGGUGCAUUUGAGACCUCUGAAGUUGGACACUAGUAUAGAAGUAGACGCUUUGACCAGGAAGCUAGCUGCACUAACUCCAGGUUUUACUGGGGCUGAUAUUGCUAAUGUGUGUAAUGAGGCCGCUCUAAUAGCUGCACGCCACCUCAACAAACAUGUCAAUACUAAGCACUUUGAGCAGGCGGUCGAGAGAGUUAUUGGAGGUGUGGAAAAAAAGACUCAGGUACUGCAGCUUCCAGAGAAGACCACUGUGGCGUAUCAUGAGGCCGGACAUGCUGUGGCGGGCUGGUUCCUAGAACAUGCAGACCCCUACUUAAGGUGUCCAUUGUUCCCAGGGGAAAGGGUUUGGGCUAUGUGCAGUAUCUGCCGAAGGAACAGUACUUGUUCAACCGGGAGCAGCUGUUUGACAGAAUGUGCAUGAUGCUGGGGGGUCGAGUGGCUGAGCAGGUUUUCUUUCAGCGAAUCACCACCGGGGCGCAGGAUGACCUCAGGAAGGUCACACAGUCUGCGUACGCACAGGUUGUACAGUUUGGAAUGAAUAAGGCGGUGGGCCACGUGUCCUUUGACCUCCCUCAGCAGGGUGACAUAGUUACUGAGAAGCCCUUCAGUGAAUCUACAGCCCAGCUCAUAGACCAGGAGGUCCGCUUGCUUA